AUGGCCAUACCGACACAUCAGCUGGAGAAGGACCGGGACACGGCUACCGACGAACUGGCUACCGAUGACAUGGAGCUUCGGUUGAGCCUGCUGCGAAGAAGAGGAGAGCUCGUGGCACACUUCGCCAGUUGCUGGCUGGAGUCUGACAUGCGCAAGGGCAUUUUCCUUGCGGAUCCGCGCGACGUGGACUCCAUGCUGGAGGCCGCGCAUAGAGUACAUGGUCGCCAAAUGCCCCCCUGCGGCUGGGAAUGUCUGGGCCGCUUCUCCGAGAUGGCGGUGAGAGAGCACUUUUUAGAACAGAUGCGGACGUAUAUGAUCGGCGGGAACACAUCGGCCUCGCCACCGGACUCGCCGCACCCCAUGGGGCAGCAGCACGGCUUAGACGACGCGACAGGCUCUCUCGGCGGUGGCGCGGCAACGAGCGGGGUCGGCCCGAGCGGCGGCAGCGUGGGCGGGGUGCUCAGCUCGGCCGACUACGGGCGCGUCCGUUCGCCAGCCGACGGCUCCGACUUUCCCCUGGGAGGGGGCCAGGCGGCCCGGUCUCUCGGCUACCCGUUCGUGUUCUACCCGGGCGACCAGCCCUCCAGUGCUGCUGCCGCGGCCGCUGUCUCCGCUACUAGCGGCGGGGGCCACGGGCUCCACCCCGCGGCGGCGGCGGCCGCAGGGGCGACGUCGCCCCCUAUGCGAGGCCCGAUGUUCCCGCCUCCUCCCGGAAGCAGCAGCAGCGGCAGCAGCGGCUACUACCACGACACGAGGGUCCCGGGGGGGGCGGCAAUGCGCGGCAGCAGCAGCAGCAGCAGCGUCAGGAACAGGGAAGGGCAGGUGGGUGCCAUCGGGUGGGGGAACGGGGUGGGAGCGGGAGACGCCAUGAAGGCCAUGAAUGCACACGGCGGCGGUGGCGAAGGAAAAGGCGGGGGGGCCCUGGAAGCUUGGCGACCCCCAGAAAGGUGGGGAGGGGGUGGAGACAUGGCGAACCCGUCAGGGCGCGCCGCCGCCGCCGCCGCCGCCGCCGGUAGCGCGCUCCCGUCCAUCUUCGAGUUGAGGCAACAAGAGGGCCUGGAGCAGGGUUCCAAAAAUUUUAUGACUGGGAUGGCUGUAGGGUCCGGGCCAGGGAGUGGCGGCGGCGCCGCGGCAUGGGGGGGGGUAGGAGCGGGGGGAGGGGUUCAGCAGAACCAGUCGGUGGCGGGAAGAGGGCAUAGCCACCGUUGGGAGGGUGGCGCGGCGGCGGCGGCAGGGCAGCUGCGGCAGCAGCAACAGCACCAGGCGCUGGGGACACACAUGAUUCCUAACGCGCGGUGGCAAGAGGCGGGGAUUGGCGGAGGGGAAUUUGGGUCGGGGGCUGGGAUAUCCCGGGGAGAAAAUUUUGACCAUCCUCACGGCGGGAGCUCCGCUGCGCGUGGUAGUGCAGGUCAGCACGGCCCUGGGGGUGGUGGUCGAUAACGCGAGAGGCGUCAUAAGUUUGUAUGUCCUCGCGUUUCUGCGCCCGGCGGUUGUAGCCACGCGCGUGGACGAAGCGAAAUGGGGUACGCCUCAUCUCCGACCGCGGUCGCGGUGGAGAAGCAGCAUGAGUCGCACCAGGUGGUGCCCUUUAAACAGGCAGGACAGCACGCUUGCUCGUUUGUUCUUGUACCUUACUGUCUAGUUGGCGUCUUUUUAAAUAGAUUGUACUGUGCUCCAGCUAUAGUUGAUGAAUAUGGAGUCUUGUAGCCCAGAAAAAAAAACUUCGGACUCAUGAGACGAGUGCGUGGCGGGGGGCGUGUUGUGGUCGUUGUCAGACCGAGGGUGCAUCGGUGAAAGAGAAAGAAGAGAACGAGAGAAAGGGGAGGGUAUUCCCCUACUAGACCCAUAUACAAGGAGCGAUGGUGGGUGCCAUGCCGAUAUGACCUUAGACACACCAAUGCUUGUCCUACACCGAGGGUCAGCUUAGCCCAGUUGUUCCGCACUAGUCUACAUUGGAUACAUGUCCCUGUGAGGCAGUGUUUAAAUCGCGGGGGCCAUUGAGAAUGCUACUUCGGCCCUUUUUUUUCUCCAGCUCUGUGUGUCGAGAGGUUUCAGCGGUGGUGGUGGUUGCUGUGUGUCCCAGUUUUGUCAGUUUCAGUCCCUUUCUUGGUGCGUGUGUAAUUCCAGGAAGGGCGCGCGCAGAGCUCUGCCCCCCUUUUGCUCUUUUCAGCAAUUACGAGAACAACCGCGUGCCACGUGCGGGCGAAGCAUUCCGGACGGCCAUGAUGAUUUUGUCGAGGCCUGAAUGGGUGCCUAGAGGUUCCAAAUUGUUUCAGUGACCCAACCAAGGAUGCUGUGCAGGCUGCUGUGUUGGGGGAUUCGAUGCAUUUUACGUGACUUCGUGCGGAGAUGUCUCGUGUGAAAUUUCCUUGCUUUUUUGUGUUGUGCCCGUGACGAUACGUACGGUACGUUUUUUGCGGUUACUUGGCGUGCGCUGUAAGACGGUUGGAUGCACCCCAUCUGAGAGGCACUUGGUUGCUUGAGGGCUUCUCUCUUGCAGACAUUCAUCGCACAGCAGUACAAUUGGUAGGCUAUUCGGGCCAGCCACAAACCUUUGGUCGCGAACAAGGUGCCUUAGUAGGAAUGAGCCGGUAGGAACGAGCCGUCUUUGUAUGUGCUUUUUUAUGUGGUCGGCCAACAAUGAGUGGCACUCGGGAAUGUUUUUUCUGUGAAGGACUGAAUACUAUUUCACUACUACUAUCGCGAAGCGUGAGCGUGCGCGAGCUAUGCAUCGUCGUGGCGACCUGCGUAGGCGGUUUACAGCGUGGGGCGAGGCGGGGCGAGAGCCUUCUCUCGUUCGAGGCACGGGCGGGUCUGGUCGCGCGUACCACAUUGGAAGAGUUGAACCUCAUUUUUACCCAACAGGAGUCCAAUGGGCGUAGAAUUGGCUGAGAGGGGGCAGGGGGGUGCCAGUUCGGAGUAGUGGAUGCCCCGGGUCCUCUCCCGGUGAGAAUCAGGACGAUAAAGUACAUCAUCCGGGACUUGGUCGAUUUUUUCUUGGCUUGAUACCAAGCGGCUACAUUACCACGCCGUUGUGGUGGGGAGAUGUUCGUCGAUCAAAGACAUUACCCCCUCUUCUUCGUCAGAAGGGGGGGAAGUAUUUAUGUAUGACGGCAGGGCACAACCCAUCACGAAAACUCUGGCGACGAGGUGAACGUGGAAGAGGGCUGCGGGUGUGGUGCUUGUGUGUGUCGAUUUAGUGAUGUAGAGUUGACGGAACAUACAUGUAGAAGUCUAUGCAGAUCCAGUUCGUGCUUUGUAAAUCUGUUGUAGGUGUUCACUUGGUGUGUACAGCACUUGCUUUAUGGCCCCACCCAGCGUGCUCAUAUAUUCUACCACUAGUGUAGAAAAUAUGAGAGAGGUGAUACGCUAUUGUAGUGUUCAGGCAUGUCGCGAUGCCGUCGAACUUGGAGGUUUUUUGUGAUUUGUGUUUGUGCGCAGGGGUGU